AUGGCUGCUUUGUUGGCUACACUUAAAAAAACUUCAUCAACAAUAACUUUAUCAACAACCACAUCACCAUUGCUCCGCUGGAACUCAACAGGCAUUACGGUCGCUGGAAUUUCAGGCGUGUCGGGCAAUACCACCGACAAACUUAACUAUCCUUGGAGUUUGGCUUUUGAACGGCCUAAUAUACUCUAUGUUAGCGACAGAAACAAUCAUCGAGUUCAAAAGUUCGUUAUAGGCACAAUACAGGGUUCAACUGUGGCUGGACUAGCAAAUAAUACAGCAGGUUCAUCAUCUGAUGCUUUGAAUUCUCCUGUUGGUAUUGUUGUUGACGACAGUAGCAGCCUCUAUAUAGCCGACGAAUAUAAUUAUCGAAUUCAACUAUGGUCUAGUGGUGCAUCAUCGGGCAAGACAAUUGCCGGUAACACAAGUUCUUCGGGAAAUGCAAACAAUCAGUUGAAUACUCCCACUGAUAUCGCAUUAGAUUCAAACACUGCUACACUUUACAUAGCAGACUCUUUUAAUCAUCGAGUUAUGCGUUAUUUAUCUGGUACUUCCGCAGGUACGCUAGUGGCUGGCAAUAAUUCAGCAGGUACAGGUAAUACACAGUUGUGGCAACCUACUAGUGUUUAUUUCGAUUCGCCCACGAACAGUCUCCUUAUUGCCAAUACUUAUGCACAUAAUAUUGUUCGUUGGGUGUUGGGAGACAGUUGUUGGACACUAGUCGCUGGCAAUCUUAAUGGAAGCUCUGGAAACACGUUCAGAGAACUUCAAUAUUCUAGAACUGUAACACUCGACCCAAUGGGUAAUGUGUAUGUCGCCGAUACAGUCAAUCAUCGCAUUCAAUUUUUCUUAAAUGGUGAAACAAAUGGAACAACAAUUGCUGGACACACAGGUUCACCUGCUAGAAAUGCUACUGGACUAUUUUAUCCUUCGAAAAUAGUGUUAGACUCUCAGCUUUAUUUGUAUGUUGCGGACACGGAUAAUCAACGAAUACAAAAAUUUCUACAAUAUUGA